AUGGCCGCUUUGGUUCAGACUUUACCACCGCAAACUACUGUCAACAUGAUGCCAGGCCGACCCUCUUCCUCAGGGGGCUAUCAUCAAAGCUCGCAGUCGUCGAGAAAUGCCAACAUGCCAAGAUAUAAUAAUAACCCAACGGCAACUGUCUAUCGGGGAACCCAUCAUACUGGUCCUGUUGCCCCGUAUGCUUUCACGACCACGCCUCAACUUGCACCCAACGCACGGCCAUUCCAGCCGAGUCAUUCUGCUCGAUCUGCGUCCACCUCGGUCCUACCACAGAGUCAACCCCUAGGCGUGACACAACCAAAAGCUCACCCAGCAAAGCCGAACUCGGUCUCUGGUUUGCCUUCACUGGACUCGGCUGUGCCCCUCGACUUCAGCAAGAUGCCAUCACUCGACUUGUCCCUCCCGACGUCGACUCUAUCCGGUACAGUCUCGCCUGGAGCCACCACUGCGAAGCCAUCACCUGAUCGUUAUCGAAGGACUGUCAAGAGAGUUGAUACCAAUGAGUCUGCUGUCCAUCGUGCUACACCUCCCAACCCUGGCAAUGCCGCUGCGGGCCAGCUCUACAGCCAUCCAGUCCAAUCAAAUAGCUCCCCAUCCUUGAAUCAAUAUCAAACCUAUCGAGGUUCGGCAUUUGCCAACGCUGGUCAGAAAACUAGCGCCGACGACAUGCUCCUCAGUCGGUCGCAAAAUUCCGAGCUUGCCGCCAGAUAUCGUCGACGAAGCCUGGGGAGCAUCGAGACUGCUGGCCUCAUGCAUGGCGGAGACGUGUCUGACUCGAGUUCUCCGCACCCUAAUGCUUUCCUGCCAGGAGCAACCACCAACCAACCCAGUCAGCCCCAAGCACAUCGACCUGCUUCGGCUCAUACACACACAGCUAGUUCCGAAAGUGUUUCGUCCUCCAGAUCUGCUCGCUCAUCUCGGCCAAGUUCAGCCACUACCCAGCAACCUUCUGUUACGUCCCAGCCGCCCACACACAUUGCAAAGCAAGACGUCCGCUUACUUACACCUCGGACCUCUGAACCUCCGAGACGCAACCCAUCUCCUCUGUCUAGACCAAUUGAAGCCGAGAACAGGAAACUGCAAGCAACUCGCCCUGUCGUUCUGAGCCCAGCGGCUGAACAACUGGCUGCUGUAAGUCAAAAAGAUGCGAAGAAGUCGAAAUCAAAGCUUAGGAGAGCUUUCUCCUUCGGUAGCGCGGCUGAACUUCGUAAGGCGACAGAAAAGCCUGCGGAGCCAGUCAACCCCGGUCGGUCGACCAAGCGUAACUCGAAAUACGAGGAUGAGCUAGAGCCUGAGCAGGCCCGCAUUGCCGAGAAGCAAGAAGCCGCCGGUCUUGGUGAAAGCAUCUACUCUGGCCAGGGUCGGUUCUUCACCGGAUCUACCGAUAACCUUUCCAUCUCGUCCACAGCCUCGUCGGCUUCGGUGAUGCUGAGAAAGAUGGGAAAGGGUGUGAAGAAGGGGACGCGCUCCUUCGUUGGACUCUUCCGACCCAAGUCGGUCGUUGGUGUCCCAGCUGCUGAUGGUCCGGUCAAUCAAGCCAGUGCCGCUCAGGUUUCGAUGGUGACAGUCGAAGCCGAACGGGAGAAGGUGAACGUUAAUGUCGACCCUCAUGAUCAAGUCGGUGGUGGCACGGGCUUCCCGAAGCUUGAGCGGAACUCCAUCGAUGCAAAGCUGUCAAUGGACAGUGGCACCGUGUCCAGUGACAAUCGUUCUCGUCGCAGCAUUGUUGGAGGUGAACGAGAACGAGCAGAGGUCCUAGCUGCUGUCAAGAAAGGCAUCCUCAAGCGCACUGACUCGGACAAGCCCUCCCCCAGGCUGAAUACCAGUCGAGGUCCGGAUUUCAGCUUGCCUCAAAUUCCCAAUAUGAACGACUCACCACGAUCAAGCGCCCCCAGUACACCAAACGAUGAUCCUCCACGGUCUGGACACCGUAGAACCGACUCCAUUGCCAUCGAGGGUAACGAUCAUGACGAUUACUUCGCUUCCGUUACGCGCUAUGCUAGCAUGGACUCCAAAUCGGCCACGCCUUUGGCUCAGGCCAUGCGGAACAUCUCGUUCAGCCCUCGUAUUCAAUUUCACGAUACUUGGCCUAGCGGAGAAUAUGAUCGUCGUGGCGACAUAGCAACUUGCAACCGAUUAACUCCAAUGCUUGCCCAGCAAAUCAAGGAGGAGCUCAACACUUUCAAGAUGGAAAUGGAGGUGCACGAGUCUUCAAAGGUCUAUACACACUUCUUCUAG